UCGGAAGUAAGUACGUGGCCGCUUCAGACAGCUCAUAUUCUGCAUGAUGGCGACAGAGGUUCAGAGCGGCGACCUCAACAAUGGCAGUUCUAGCCGGCUCGAAGUUUCAAUCGAUGGCCUCACCCUCAGUCCGGAUCCCGAGGGCGAGCAGGAGCAAGUCGUUGAACCGGACCCCGUGCCCGCGGAGCAGGAGACCGAGGACCAGAGCACCGCCGAAGCCACCGACGAUGGGCAGGAAGGCGAGUCUGCCAAAACCACGAUAGAGGGGAAAUGGGGCUUUGGUUUGCUGGAGCUAUACGGACUAGCAUUGAAAUUCUUCAAAGAUAAGGAUGGGAAGGCCUUUCACCCCACCUAUGAGGAGAAGCUUCGUCUAGUGGCCCUCCACAAGCAGGUGUUACUGGGGCCAUACAACCUCGACGCCUCUCCAGAGGUGGGCUUCUUUGACGUCCUGGGCAAUGACCGCAGGAAAGAGUGGGCUGCUCUGGGUAACAUGGAGAAAGCGGAGGCCAUGGUGGAGUUUGUCAAGCUGUUGAACAAAUGCUGUAAUUUAUUCGCUCCUUACAUCACCUCCCACCAAAUAGAGAAGAAGGAGCAGGAAAGGAAACGGAGGGAGGAGGAGGAACGACAGCGCCGGGAGGAUGAAGAGCGGGAACAACAGAGACAGGAGGAGGAGAGGCGGAGGCUUGAGGAGGAGGAGAGGCUGAAGAGGGAGGAGGAGGAAAGGAGACAGUUGGAUGAGGAGAGGCUACGGGUGGAGCAGCAUAAACAGCAGAUCAUGGCAGCAUUGAAUGCCCAGACAGCGGUGCAGUUUCAGCAGUAUGCUGCCCAACAGUAUCCAGAGAGCCCUGAGCAGCAGCUGGGUCUCAUACGCCAGCUGCAGGAACAACACUACCAACAGUACAUGCAGCAGCUCUACCAAGUCCAGCUGGCUCAGCAACAGGCAGCCUUACAGAAGCAGCAGCAGGAUGUGGUGGUGCAGGCUACCCUGGAGGUCACCAGUGAGCCUUUAGCUGCAGUGCCCCCGGCUAGAGAGGUCCCCAUGCUCAACGGCCAGUCAGACUCCCACUCUGAGAGCAUGGACAAAGAGCCAGAACCUUUCCAGCCUGCCGAUGAGGUCACUGAGAAUGGGCCCAUGGGUACACUCACGCAUCGACCAGCAGACUCUCCCCCGGUCAUCGCGGCUCCCUCCAUGUGGACGCGGCCCCAGAUCAAGGACUUCAAGGAGAAGAUCCGACAGGACGUGGACAGUGUGAUCACGGUGGGGCGUGGCGAGGUGGUGACGGUACGCGUGCCCACCCACGAGGAGGGCUCCUACCUUUUCUGGGAGUUCGCCACGGACCACUACGACAUCGGCUUCGGAGUCCUCUUCGAGUGGACUGAUGCCACCAACGCCUCGGUCAGCGUGCACGUCAGCGAGUCAAGCGACGAAGACGAGGAUGAGGAAGGGGAGCCUCCCAGGGAGGGGGUGAAGCAUAAGAAGGGGGCAGGGAAGCCCCAGGUGGAUGAGAUAGUGCCGGUGUAUCGGCGGGACUGUCACGAGGAGGUCUACGCCGGCAGUCACCAAUACCCUGGCCGUGGUGUCUACCUGCUCAAGUUCGACAACUCCUACUCUCUCUGGAGGUCCAAGAGCGUCUACUACAGAGUCUACUACACCAGAUAAGCCUGGAGAUGGACUUGGGGAGGGUGGGGUGUGUCUGUACGUUAAGAGAGGAGGGGGGGGGUGAGAGGAUCUGUUCUGGACAAGACCACCCGAGGGCGACAAAUGUCAGACUCAGUUUGGAGAUGGGACUUCUAUCUGUGUGCUGUGUGUGUUUGCAUACACCUUGUCGGAGUUUGGGAGGGAGUUAACGCUGUAGUCUAUUUGCCGACCUGUCUUUUCUCAGAGGCCACCUCUGUUGUAUUAAUAUCUGUCUUCCCUGCCCAAACGUCAUCUAACCCACAGUCUAUGUUCUGUCAUGUCAUUGUUAUGGCUGUGCUUCUAUCUGACUGAGACACUUCUUAAUCGGAGUUUACAUUUUUCAAGCCCACCAUGGGUUAACACAGAGCUGAAGUUCAUACAGGGUUUUGUCCAAUGAGGAAGUCAUGGACAAAUAGAGUCCGAACAGAGUGACACGCUACACUACAGCACCAUGCCUUUGUACUAUAGCAGGAGUCCCUUAUAGACCAACACUGAGUAACACACUCAACUGAACACAGUCAAUCGCUCCUGUAGUGGCAAUACUGCUGCGGAAAGAGCUACACCCAGAUCCACAUGAACGCCUAGCCCCUACCAUCUACACCCUUCUGGGAUCUGAGACGGUUGGAUUAUAGGCAUAAGCAAUACGGCUUGCCUAUCAGAGAGCAAGGUUAUCGUAUUGUUAUUAUCUGUGCAAACCGUACACAUCUCCACAAGUGCAUAGGGAGAAGGGGCUAGGGGUAGAUUGGCCGCUAUUCUACUGAACGAGGGAUCAUUGAGAAGUGGGGAUAGGGUUAAAAGGGGAAAGGGUAUUGGUGGUGGAAGAGGGGAUAUGACAUGUACAUUGGAAAGUAUGGUUGAGGCCUUGUAAAUUUGGGCAUCGAAAUGGAAUGCUGAAAAAAAGUGAUUGUCUAAAAAUGAUUUAUUUAUUUGCCCUUGCUAUUCUUGUAGAGUAGGAUAAAAUUUUUUGUCUGUAUAAUAUUUGGGUGUAUUUCAUCUCCAGUCGCCUCCCUGCUUCAGGAGACAUGUCUCUAGUCUUUAGAUCAGGGUUCCCAAAUAGGCGGCCUGCAGAUGAUUUUUAUUUUGUCCCCUAAGUUUUUCUGCUGUAGGACAGAAGACUAAAAUCACCAGGAAAUCAGCUCAAAGUGAUUUUUAAUUUAGGAAAUCUGUUCCCAAGUAUUCCCACACAAAUAUAGAAAGGGAUACGAUCACAUAUGCCAAUGUAAUCAAGGUUGAAAAUAUUCAGUUUGUCAAAUACUUUAUCUGUUUUGGAUUCUUGCAGUCAAUUUGCAGUGUACAAAUUCUAACUAUGUUCGGCCCCCCGACCAUCCGCUCAAGGAGAACUUGUCCAAUGGCUGAAUGUAAUAGGGACCCCUGCUUUAGAUGCUUGCUUUUCUUUAUGGCCGCUGGUCUCAGGACAUGACAGGUGAAAAUAAGGAUGGAAACCUAUUCUUCUUUCCCUAUAAGAGAGCAAGGAAAGCAAGCCAGUAAAGAGUAUUGGGACAUACCGCAUGUCUAUUCUGAGGGAGACUGGACACUGUCCUAUUUACCCUUCUGUGUGUUGAGUUUUUAACUAAUUUGAUUUGACUCAUACAUACGAGCUGACAGCUAACAAUUCAAUAAGAUUUUUUCCUUUUGUUUUGGUCAUUUCACUGUUACAUCUCCAGCAUUCUAUCUUUCAGAAGUCCACAGCCAAACACAAUAUUGGCUGUAUUUAUAUGUCAUCAUUUGAUGGAUUGAUUCUGAUUUGUCAUCUCAAAUAUGGCUGUGGACUAUCGCUAAUGAACUCUGAUCACGUCUAGCUCUCUGGUCAUUCAUGUCUCUGGUUGAGAGUAAUAAACUCUGAUCACGUCUAGCUCUCUGGUCAUUCAUGUCUCUGGUUGAGACUAAUCAGUUAUUGAGCUCAGACUGAGCUCAAAGUGUUUUUUAACUCUUAUGGUUUCUCAGUUUAUUUUGCUGGCAUUAUUUGGUAUUGUUCAGACUGUUCACCUACCUUACAUCUGCAUGCUUUGUGUUUCACUUGAAGUCAGAUGGCCACCAGGGUUUGUUGAGUUGUUCUUCUUUUGAAAGACUUUUCGAUGAAUCAUACUGUUUGGUUUCUGAUGGAUUACCAAGUCUCCUUUCAAAUGAGAGUUGUACAGUGUCAACAUGGGUCAGACUUUGGCUUGUCGGUAGGCCUGAUUCUAAUCACAACUCCCUCUCCUAGUUGGGUGUUCCUCCUGGUUGUUUUGUUCAUUUGUUUAAAGUACUUUUGCUCACCAACUAGUAGCCUAAUGAUACAGAUUGUUCGAGCCUUGUAUGUAAAUAAUUAUAAAUGGAUUUUAAGUGUGGGUUCGAGAGAUGGGGGGGGGGGGGGGGGACAAUGGGUUGAGAAGUAAUGCACUGUAGUAUGGUGAAUGAGAUUAUGUAUAUUGUUUCCCCAAAAAGUCAAACUCAAGUGUAAACUGGAAGACAAUGAAAUGUGGAAAAAUGCUCAUCCAUUUUUGUAUUGCUUUGACUGUAUGAGCUGUAUUGAUCUGUAUGAGUUUGAAGAAUCUGGGCAUAUAUUUAACCUUGAUUACAUUUAUGCUCAUCUCUAUUACCUGAAUGUCUUCUCUCUUUUUUUUUCUUUUUUUUUUACAAUGUAAAUGUUAAAUUUUAGAGGUAAGUUUGUUCUACUUUUUGUUACAGUCCAGGUGUUAAGAUUAUGUAGUAGACCUUCAUCAGUGUCAUUACAGAUGGUUUUUUUGCAAUCUUUUAGAAAUUAUCAUUUUAUAAACGUUGCGUACACUCUGUCCCAAAACAUGUGUGCCAGUUUUCAUGCAAAAUGUGUCAUUUAUAAAAAUGAAAUUUGAGGUGAAUGUG